AUGGGAGAAAUUUAUUCAGCAAAAUUUAUGAUCCCAUCAAUCUUAUUCAUCGUCUUUCUUGUACAUCUACUUGUAUGCAGAAAGAAGAACAAGGAACAGAAAACAAGGUACAGAUUGCCACCAGGUAGUAGAGGCUGGCCAUUAAUUGGUGAUAGCUUCAACUGGUAUAAUGCUGUUGCUGGUUCUCAUCCCCCUCAGUUUGUUCAACAACAGGUCAAUAGGUUUGGUAAGAUAUUCUCAUGCAGUUUGUUUGGAAAAUGGGCUGUGGUUUCAGCAGACCCAACCUUCAACCGGUUUAUAAUGCAGAAUGAAGGAAAAUUGUUUCAAUCAAGUUAUCCAAAAUCUUUUAGAGAUUUGGUUGGAAAAAAUGGGGUGAUCACAGUCCAAGGAGAGCAACAAAGAAAACUCCAUGGAAUUGCAUCUAAUAUGAUGCGUCUAGAGAAGCUCAAGUUCCAUUUCUUGGAUGAUAUUCAACUGGUUAUGCUUCAAACUCUGAACAAAUUUGACAACAAUCAAGUCAUUCUUCUACAAGAUGUUUGCAGAAAGGUAGCAAUUAAUCUGAUGGUGAACCAACUACUGGGGGUGUCAAGUGAGACAGAAAUUAACGAGAUGGCUGGUUUCUUCUCUGAUUUUGUCGAUGGCUGCCUGUCUCUUCCCAUAAAUCUUCCAGGUCUUGCUUACCAUACUGCCAUGAAGGCAAGAGAGAAAAUUAUAAGAAAGAUAAGCAAGACAAUAGAGAAGCACGGGCAAGAAGGGCAAUCAGAAGCUAGUAAUGGGGUGCUUGGAAGGCUAUUAGAUGAAAAAAGUUUGCCAGAUGAUGCAGUAGCAGACUUCAUUAUUAAUCUCCUUUUUGCUGGGAAUGAAACGACCGCUAAAACUAUGCUGUUUGCUGUUUAUUUCCUCACUCAGUGUCCUAAAGCACUGCAGCAAUUACUGGAUGAACAAGAUAGAAUAAGGAGCAAUUGUAAUGGAGAUGGAAUGCUAAGAUGGCAAGAUUACAAGGAAAUGUCUUUCACUCAGUGUGUAAUCGACGAAACACUUCGACUUGGGGGGAUUGCAAUAUGGCUGAUGAGGGAGGCAAAGGAAGAUGUGGUGUACCAAGAUUUUGUAAUUCCAAAAGGGUGCUUUGUGGUUCCAUUUCUUUCAGCAGUUCAUUUGGAUGAAAACUUGUACAAGGGAGCUAACAGCUUCAAUCCAUGGAGAUGGAUGGACCCUGAAAAUCAAGAAAAGAGAAACUGGAGAAGUAGCCCAUUCUACUGUCCUUUUGGAGGUGGUGCUCGGUCAUGUCCAGGAGCAGAGUUGUCUCGUCUCCAAAUUGCUCUGUUUCUCCACUACUUUGUCACUACAUAUACGUGGACUCAACUUAAGGAAGAUAGGAUGUCAUUCUUUCCGUCUGCUCGAUUGGUUAAUGGUUUCCAAAUUCGCCUCACAAAACGACAUCCCACUACCCCCGUUUCAACUCAAAAUUGGAAAUAG